GAGUGAUACACAAACUGCUGCAGAAGGAGGGAAGGGUCAGCCUAAAAGGCACCUGGAGGUGGAGGUACAGUGGGAGAGUCAUGGUCACUCACUGGAGGUGUGAUUAGUGUGAAUCAGCAGCGCUGGCAGGCAGACAGGUGAGAGGAGGACACCAGGCGGAGAGCAAAGCAAAAACCAAAAUAAACCAAGAAAGAAAAAAGCCAAGUCUGACAGAUGGAUAAUCAAGACAAGGGCGGAGGUAAGGAUGGAGGAGGAGGACAGACGAAAGACAAACAAAAAUCUGAGGAGGUGAACGAUGAAGACAAGCAGACCAAAGACAAGCACAACAAGCUGGAGAAGGAGAGCAGCGAGAAGGAGCCCAAGAGCGAAGCCCGGAAGGAGAAUCGUCGCCUGGGUCAGUGGAGGAGCGGCUGGGCUCUGACCGAGCGUCUGGCCAUCAACGUGUCAGGGAUGCGUUACGAGACCCAGCUCAGAACCCUUGCCCAGUUCCCAGACUCCCUGCUGGGUGACCCCCGCCGCCGCCUCCGCUACUUUGACCCACUGCGUAAUGAGCUCUUCUUGGACAGAAACCGGGCCUGCUUUGAUGCCAUCCUCUACUUCUACCAGUCGGGUGGGAGGCUGCGGAGGCCCGCCAACAUCCCCCUGGACAUGUUCCUGGAGGAGCUGCGCUUCUACGAGCUCGGAGAGGAGACCAUCGACCGCUUCAAGGAGGACGAGGGCUUCGCCAAGGAGGAGGAGAGACCUUUACCUGCCAAGAAGUGGCAGCAGAGCAUCUGGAUGCUGUUUGAGUAUCCAGAGUCCUCCAGUGGGGCGCGGAUCAUCGCCAUCAUCAGCGUCAUGGUCAUUGUGAUCUCCAUCCUCAUCUUCUGCCUGGAGACUCUGCCUGAGUUCAGGAUCGAGAAGGAACGGAGGGAGCAGUUCACCACCAUCCCCCACCCCAACAAUCCCAACGAAACCAUCUCGAUUGCGCCUGGAUUCACCCCCUUCCAGGACCCGUUCUUCAUAGUCGAGACGAUCUGCAUCUGCUGGUUCUCCUUUGAGCUCGUCAUGCGCUUCAUCAGCGCUCCGAACAAGCUGCAUUUCUUCAAGGACAUCAUGAACAUCAUCGACUUCUUCGCCAUCAUGCCUUAUUUCGUCACCCUGGGCACCGAGCUGGCCAAGGACAAAGGCGCUCAGCCCUCGGUGUCGCUGGCCCUCAUCAGGGUUAUCAGGCUGGUGAGGGUCUUCAGGAUCUUCAAGCUGUCUCGACACUCGAAGGGUCUGCAGAUCCUCGGCCAGACGCUGAAGGCCAGCCUUCGAGAGCUUGCCCUGCUCAUCUUCUUCCUCUUCAUCGGCGUCAUACUCUUUUCUAGCGCCGUCUACUUUGCAGAGGUGGACAGUCCCGGCACGGCCUUCACCAGCAUACCCGAGGCCUUCUGGUGGGCAGUGGUGUCCAUGACGACGGUUGGUUAUGGCGACAUGUGUCCGGGGACGGUUGGAGGGAAGCUGGUGGGCUCCAUGUGCGCCAUCGCCGGCGUGCUCACCAUCUCGUUGCCGGUGCCUGUCAUCGUGUCCAACUUCAGCUACUUCUACCACCGAGGGAUGGAGUGUGAGGACACCAGGGAGUAUCACCACGUCGCCACGUCAGUCUGGGAGAAGGACGACGAAGAGGAGGAAGACGAGGAUGGAGCGGACGAGUGGCCUGAAAACAUUGCUGACCACGCCCCGCUGUACGGGCAGAACAGGGUUAUCCGGCCUCCGCUCGGUGGAGCUCUGCUGGAUGCGCUUGACAAAUCUGGUCAGAAAGGGAUAAACUUCUACCUCAAAGAACCGCUGGUUACUCAGGUCUGAGGGACAGACAGGAAACAGACGGAGUCCUGUCACAAAAGACGCUGCUGAAAUGCCGAAAAGGAGUAAUGAGGUACUAAGAAGUGCACUGAUUCAAACUCAGGUCCGUGCCUCUCAUGUGGUCAUGGUAUGUAUAGAUGAGGCUUCUGCAUGAUUAGAUAGACAGGAAGCAUCUGUGUUUUUGCUACAGAUAAGCAGAUCCAGUGAAGCAUUGUUUGUCAAUCUCAAAUACAAAUAUCCUACUACCUGCACAAUAAAACAGAUUUUUUUCUCUGUAUGCGAAGCCAAAUUAACAUAUCAGCAAGAUGUAUCAUUCUGCUGGUGUACGGCAAAGCAAGAAAACUUGUAUUAAUAUAGACAUAAGUGGAUUCAGUUCACCCAGAAAUGUCCUAUGAAGUUUCCUUAAACGAAACAUAGACAGACUUGGAAUUCCCCUGAAAGAAAGCAUUUAAACUAACUCAUUCAUUUCUAAUGUAUUAUUGGUAACCAUACACCAGUGGUGGAAAUAACAUACAUACAUUAAUUCAAGCAGUGUUAAUGUAUGCACGUUAGGUAUUUCCAUUUUAUGCUACUUAAUACUUACACUCCACUUAAAUACUGUACUUUGUACUCCGCUAGAUUUAUCUGACUGCUUCAGUUACUUUUAAGCUCAAGAUUUCGUGCAAUAGGUAAUAUAACAAGCUUUUGAGAUACAACACAUAGUAAAGAAUAAACUAGUAAUUUUACUACCUUUUUGACUUCAUAUGUCUUUCAAAGAGCAGUGUGUAGUUGAGCUCACAUUACAGAUAAACUUCUCACAUGCUUUUAUAUCAAUAGAUGAUCAAAUGGUCCAAUAUCUCAGCAAAAAUCAAAGGUUAGAGAGUUUUGCAUCAGAACUUGUACAUAAAACUGGAUAUAAAGUAAAUCAAACCUACAGCAGCUACGACACAUCGAUGCUUCACUAUUAAUAAUCUAAUGAUCCGUCAGAGGGACCAAACUUGUAGUUUUAGUACUUUAGGUACAUUUAGCUGCUAUGCACUUAAGUGGGAUUGUUCAUACAGAACUUCACUUGGAAAGGAGCAUUUUUACUCUAUUGGUACUUUUUCUGAAGUAAAGGAGCUUCUUCUACCACUGGUGUACACCCCCUACAUGUAGACUUGCAUAUUUACUUUUGGACAAUUUAAACUCUUUUUUCAUAUUCAGUUAACUGAGGCACUAUGUAUUUUACUAAAUUAAUCAGAAUUAAUUUAUUUGAAGUGUUAUUUACCUAUAAUUAGCAGACGAUUCAAAUUUAGUGACGCAUUGUGUAGAGGCGCCACUUUUGACCACCAACUUGGAAAACACCCUAAAAAUCUUCUUUACUGUGCAGGUGAUUGAAUAUGUUUCAUUCCAGCAUGGCUGAAGAUCAUUUAAGGAAUCUGGGAAUUAAAUUGAAACAGUGGAAAGUGUUUUAUAAGUUGUGAGAUUUUUUUUUUUUUUCCAUCUUGGAGAGAAAACAGAUUUGUAUGUCUUUAAUGUAGCUGUAAAUGCAAAAGACUCAAAUGUAAAAAUGAUUACAUGAGAGAAACUGUAGCAACACUUGCACCAGAAGUGAAUCUAUACUACAAACAGAACUAUGUCACUCUACAGUAUGUGUACAAUCGCUGUAGAGACUGUUUACACAAGGAUCUACAUUCUUGAUGUCCAUUCACUGCAUAUUUAUCUCAGCAUGUUAGACGUCCAAGGCAGAUAACUCCAUUAUUUUUGACCUCGCGCAGCUGCUAAAUGUGCAGUGAGUGAUGCCGUGUGCUAGUCUAAGUUAUGGCAGAAAUGCGGAUCUCACACUGACGUGGACAA